CGCAUCCUCAAGGUCAACAGGACCCUCUUCAUCGGGGACAGGGACAACAUCUACCGCGUCAGCCUCGNGCCCCCCCGGAAGCUGACGUGGCACUCGAACCAGCACGACAUCAGCAUCUGCAGGAUGAAGGGGAAACACGAGGCAGAGUGCCGCAACUUCAUCAAGGUGCUGCUGGUGCGGAGCAAGAACCUGCUCUUCGUCUGCGGCACCAACGCCUUCAACCCCGUCUGCGCCAACUACAGCAUGGACACACUGGAGCCCGUCGGGGACAACAUCAGCGGCAUGGCGCGGUGUCCCUAUGACCCCAAGCACGCCAACGUGGCCCUCUUCACAGGGGGGAUGCUCUUCACCGCCACGGUGACCGACUUCCUGGCCAUCGACGCCGUCAUCUACCGCAGCCUUGGGGACAGCCCGACCCUCCGCACCGUCAAACACGACUCCAAAUGGUUCAAAGAGCCCUACUUUGUGCACGCCGUGGAAUGGAGGAGCCACGUCUACUUCUUCUUCCGGGAGAUCGCUAUGGAGUUCAACUACCUGGAGAAGGUGGUGGUGUCCCGGGUGGCCCGGGUGUGCAAGAACGACAUGGGGGGCUCGCAGCGGGUGCUGGAGAAGCAGUGGACCUCCUUCCUCAAGGCCCGGCUCAACUGCUCCGUGCCGGGAGACUCCCAUUUCUACUUCAACGUCAUCCAAGCCGUGACCGACAUCCUGGAGCUGGACGGGCGCCCCGUGGUGCUCGCUGUCUUCUCCACACCUGCCAACAGCAUUCCCGGCUCGGUCGUUUGUGCCUUUGACAUGACCCAAGUGGCCGCUGUCUUCGAGGGACGUUUCAGGGAGCAGAAGUCACCCGAGUCCAUCUGGACGCCUGUGCCCGAGGACAUGGUGCCGAAGCCCCGCCCCGGGUGCUGUGCGUCCCCCGGGAUGCGCUACAACUCCUCCAGCUCCUUCCCGGAUGAGAUCCUCAACUUCGUCAAGACGCACCCGCUGAUGGACGAGGCGGUGCCAGCGCUGGGCAACGCGCCCUGGAUCCUGCGCACCAUGAGCCG